CCUCAUCUCAUUCUACAUUCUUGCUUACUUUCAUAUUAUAAUACUGUUAUCUUCAUGUAUUUCCUACAUCCCCAACCUCUGUAGUUCACCCACAAAUCAUAAUGUGUGGCCGAUACGCCUUAGGCGUGCGCAUGGCCUACGUCCGCAAUCGCAUGCAACAACAAGGCCUCCCAGUCGACCAAGCUCCCGACGACGACGACGUCCGAGAAACCUUCAACUUCGCCCCAGGCAACAACGGCGCCGUCUACUGCGCGCAGCUUCCGUCGCCUGCUCCCUCCGACAAUGCCCGGGAACCCGCCGAGCACGAACCGGAGCAGCACGAGACAGAACAGAAUGCAGAGAAAGACUCACCCACCUACAAAAUCCAGAGCAUGAAAUGGGGCCUCGUGCCCUUCUGGACGAAGCGCAAACCGGACUACGGCUCGCUCAUGCGCACCAUUAACUGCCGGGACGACUCGCUGAGCGAGGACCGCGGGAUGUGGACGUCGAUGAAGCGCACCAAGCGCUGUGUGGUCAUCUGUCAGGGAUUCUACGAGUGGUUGAAGAAGGGGCCUGGGGGGCGGGAAAAGGUACCGUAUUUUGUGAAGCGCAAGGACGGUGACUUGAUGUAUUUUGCGGGGCUGUGGGAUAAGGUUACUUAUGAGGGAUCCAACGAGAGCCUCUACAGCUACACGGUUAUCACCACGUCGUCGAACUCAGAGCUGAGAUUCCUCCACGACCGCAUGCCUGUCAUCUUGGACCCCAAUAGCGAGGCGAUGACGACGUGGCUGGAUCCCCGCCGCAGGACGUGGUCUAAAGAGCUACAGGCUAUCCUGAAGCCUUACGACGGCGAGCUGGAGUAUUACCCCGUAUCCAAGGACGUCGGCAAAGUCGGGAACAACUCGCCGGAUUUCAUCGUGCCCGUGAGCAGUAAGGAAAACAAGAGCAACAUUGCGAAUUUCUUCGCCAAUGCGAAGAAGCCGGACCCGGACCCGGACCCUGACCCCAGUGGUGCUGUGAAGUCGGAGGGCGGAGCGAAAAAAGUUGCUGAUGCACCGCCGGUGACGCCCGUCAAGAGAGAGCAUCCGUCUGAGUCAGAAAGCAGCCCAAAGAAGCCCAAGGUUGAGGAGUCUUCGACGAUCCCGUCGUCUGAGAAGAAGGCUGAAGGGACGCCUGGUAGGAAAACCCGCAGCGCCACCUCUGCCCAACAGGCGAAGACAGGACAUUCCAAACCGACAGACGGGUCGCAGCGGAUCACUAGUUUCUUUGGGAAGUAGGAGCGAAAAGUCUUAUUCGACAUGAAAAACGCGGAGCCGGGCUGGACCCGAGCCGGUACUCGGACGAAGAUGAUCUAUAACGCCAACCGUCCAGCAGUUAAGUCAUGAUAAUUAAUGCACACGAUAUGAUACAGUAUUGUACACGAUCCAU